UCUCUCUCCUCCUUCCCCCCCUCGCUAAAAAAAAGAUGUCAGCCCCCGGCCGGAGUAUUCCUGCCGCCGAGCGCUGCCGGAGAAAAUGUCGUGUCCCGGCGGCGCGGCUCCCGGCGCCUUCCUGAUGGAGCCGCUGGCCCGGCCCGAGCCCUUCUCCGCGCCCGCGGGGCUCUUCGCGCAGCCCGCGGAGCUGCCGCCGCUGCGCAGCUGCGCCGCGCUCCCCAAGCGCGACGAGGCCUCGCCGGGCUCCUUCCCGUCCUACCUGGCGCAGCUGGACGCCUGGGCCGAGCCCAAGGGCUCCUCGCGGCCCGGCUGCGCCUUCGCCGCCGUCAAGGAGGAGGGCGGCUGCUGCCUGUUCGCCGAGAAGCGGCCCGGCGGCGCCGACAGCUCCGGCCUGUUCGCCGAGCCCUGCCUGGGCGAGCCCGAGCCGCCCGGGGCCGGCUUCUACCGCUACCCCGCGCUCGACAAGAGCCCCGAGCCCGCCGAGCUCCGCGCCGCCUUCCAGAGCGCCGGCGGCCGCGGGGAAGCGACCCCCGAGGCGGCGUCGCCCCCGUUCCAGCGGCACUGCCCCCGCAGCGCCGGCGCGGAGCAGCCGCGGGGCGAAAUCAAAGCGGAAAAAGCCAAAGCGAGCGCGGCCGAGGCCGACGAGGAGCGGCGGAAAAGCGCGGACGCCGGCAGCACCGACAACUCGGACUGCGAGGCCAAAGACGGGCCGCGGGCCGAGGGCGCGGGCGGGACGUGGCUGACGGCGCGCAGCGGGCGCAAGAAGCGCUGCCCCUACACCAAGCACCAGACGCUGGAGCUGGAGAAGGAGUUCCUGUUCAACAUGUACCUGACCCGCGAGCGCCGCCUGGAGAUCAGCCGCAGCAUCGCGCUCACCGACCGCCAGGUCAAGAUCUGGUUCCAGAACCGCCGCAUGAAGCUCAAGAAGAUGAACCGCGAGAGCCGCGUCAGCCAGCUCAGCGCCGGCUUCGGCUUCAGCUGAGCAACGCCCGCCCGCCCCUCCGCGCCGCCGGCCUCUCGGGGCUCCCUAGCUUUUCUUUUGAUUUUUUUUUGGAUUUUUUUCUGAUUUUUUGGGGGUUUUUUUUUGGCCGUUUAAUCAGCAUUUUACUGUUGUUUUGUUUUGUUGUUUUAUUCUGUUAUUUUAUUUUAUUAUUUUCUG